AUGGGCCAUGACUGGGGAGCGAUCAUUGCAUGGAAGUUCGCCUUGUACUAUCCGGAUAUGGUUGAAAAACUAAUAAUUUUGAAUGUACCACAUCCAUCCGCCAUACAAGACUUAAUGGUAACAAGUUCCGAACAGCGAUUGAAAAGUUGGUACAUUUUUAUGUUCCAAACACCAAUGGUACCAGAACUGACCGUGCAAAAACGAGAUUUCCAUAUGUUUGAUGUGAUGUUCCGUGGCAGAAAGGCUGGUAUCCGAAAUGCUGAAAAUUUCACCGACGAAGAUCUCGAGGCUUGGAAGCAUGUGUUCAGCCAGAAAGGUGCACUGACAGGCCCAAUAAACUAUUACCGAAAUCUAACCCAAUCUCGACCACUUCGUGGAGAAGAACGUAUAUGUAAGCCUCCCACACUCAUAAUUUGGGGUGAUGAAGACCAAUUCCUCGUCAAAGAGGGAGCAGUCGCAAGUCUCAAGUAUUGCCAACAUGGUCAAGUGAAGUUCAUCGAAGGUGCUUCACAUUGGGUCAUGCAGGACGAGCCGUCGCAGGUUAACCAGCUAGUGGACGAGUUUCUCACCACGCCCAUUCAUGAGCUGGUCGAACCUUCUUCUUCUUCAAAACUGUAG